GUCCAGCUGCCCAGCGCCAGGUCCAGAAUGGGCCAUCUCCAGAUGAGAUGGAAGCACAGAGAAGACAAGUGAUGGAGCAACAGCAGCAGCGCCAGGAAUCUCUGGAAAGAAGAACCUCUACCACAGUUUCCACCCUUCAUACAAGUGUGUGCUCUCCCCCCUCUCAGCUUCAGUCUCCUCCUCCCGCCUGCAAUGACUGCGGUGCUCCUGCCACUGCUGCCAUGCCCCCUCCACCACCUCAUGCCAGCGCUGUCUCCUCAACACCCGCUGUCCCUGAGCCCCCCAGUCAAUCCUCUUUCAGAUCCCUGCAGAGACCCAGAGAGCUCCCGCAGCUCCUGCACAGGCACUCAGCCUCCGAGCUGCCAACAGCCCCGGGUUCCUCCUCUCCAGCCUGCCCAAACCGCAGGACCAUAACGUCGGGCAUCAGGCCGACCUCACUGUCCCCACCACUUCCCCAUCCUUCCCACUUUCCCUUUGUCUCUUGCCAACCUCUCAGGCGCUCUUCUCUUUCCUGCUCUCCUCGAUCUUCUGCUUCCUCUACCACAAAUGGACCACCUCUGCAGAGAGGUGAUGUCCUGCAGCCACAUGCUCCCACCAUCCUGCCCAUGAUUCCCGUCCCACCUGACAGGGUCAGAGGACCCACAGAUAAAGCAGGGCAAGAGACCUCGGCAAACGUACCUCUGAAUGGCCAUCCUGAAGAACAAAUUGCUUUAGGUCCCUCUGGGACACAGGUGAAAAGUGUGGACGGAUCCUUCUUUCCACACCUAGGAGCUGCACCCUCCUCCCUGCUGCCCACCAUCGCCAGCCCCCCCGGCUGCUUUGGCCAGGCUGCCUCCCCCUCCUGCCAUCCAUCACCCCGUCCUUCACAGCAGUGGUAUCAGCCCAUGUCACACUGUCUUCCAUUGCCUCCCCCUUACGCUGCUGUGUCUGAGGCGACUAUGCCCAGGAGGACCCCUCCUUACAUGACUUCAUCAGCCAUUGCCCACUUGA